CAGUAAUAGUGACGUUAUUUAUGUGUAAAGUGAAUAAAGCGCUUCAAGUGAUGGCAGUUAUCAACGUUUCGGCCAUUUUUGACGGCAAGUGUUGACAACGUAUUGAUUGGUUUUUGGCCACAUUUUGAUGACAAUUACCGCUAAUUACAGUGUUUUAGAUAAAUUCAAACGCCGAAUGGAAAGCCAUCCUCAGCACCAGUCGUCUGGUGAGACCAUCUAUAUUCAGGUCCAAUCAACCAAUGACUUCGACACACAAAACACCGAUUUAGAGACUGCUGUCCAACAAUUGCAACAACAGGUACACGAAGAACAACAACAGAGGGUUCAAUUGGAACAGGAAUUACAAGUCUUAAGAGAGAAGAAUACAGAAUUGGAAAAUAAGUUAAGACAACAACAGACGUUAAGUAGUCAGGCAAAGGGUCUCCACGAAAAUCAACUCAAAAGACUAAAGCAAGAGUUGGUUAAGGGUGAUGUCACCGAACAGGGAACCACUCGUAAACGGACCAUCACUAAGAUCUCAGAGCCGGCCCAUACUUGCGAUGAAUGUGCGUUUGAUACCAAAUCUGAAGUGUCUAUUAUCUUGCAUAAGAUGAAUCACGGCAUCACUCAGAAGCAGUUUGUUUUGUCGACGACUUGUUUUACAACAAGAAAUACAAACUCUAAGAACACAUAUUCGUGUCCGGCUUGUGAUGACGCGCCACGACUUACUCGUCAUGAAGUGUAUCGACAUAUUUACGAAAUACAUACAAAUGAAAAGCCGCAGAAGUGUCCAAAUUGUGAGUAUAGCUUCACUCACGCCGACUAUCUUUCGGAGCAUCAGAAGGAAAAACAUGCGGACGAACUGUUGGCUUCAAACAACAAGAAACCAAGAAUGACGACAAUUACACCAAACGCUAACCGGUCAGCUGUAGUGGUGGUGUCAUCAAGUAAUGGGGCCAUGAAUACAGAGACUGCUUUAGCGGUCUCCUCUAUUACUGGUAUUAAAACAGAAACGGGUGCCGAUAUGAUUGGUACUCCAUAUACACCAGUUAGGGGACGCCGACCCAUAAUCACACCACAGAAUAUUGAGUUCAAGUGUACGUUUCCCGACUGCGGAUUUGUGACCAAUUCACAAGAAAAGCUUGAUUUUCACGUCAAGGCUCACACCAACACUAAAUACAAGUGUCCGUACUGUCCAUAUGUAAGCAACACUAUUGUGGAUAUUAAACGUCAUAUUCAGAAGAGUAAGAAACAUGAGGGACAAAAAGUGUAUGCCUGUCAACAGUGCGGGUACGGCAGUGAUUGUGACCGCACUUUUAAAGACCAUUUGCGAAACUAUCACUUCGGGUUAGAGGCGCCCGAAAAUAUGAUGGACUACUUUAUUGAAGAAAUGUUUAGUAAUAAAAACAAAAGACAACAGGCAGAAGCUUAACAAUACAUUUGACAUAUAUUUAUCAUAUAUUUACAUCACAUAAAUAUAUUAAUCAAUCAUCUAA